UUUGUCAGUGAUUAAAGAGCCUGUGUGCUGCUGAUGAACUGGGCUGGAUUCUGCCUCUUCACCGCUCUGCCCUUCAGAUGGAGUUUGUGGAGAGGAAGCGGAGCAGGAAAUCGCAGAGCUUUAAACUGGUGAAGGAUGCAGAUUUUAGCCAUGAAAUGGAUGAUGUAGACCAGAAUGACACUGAAGGAGAUGCCCUGGAUGCUUCUGAGACUGAAGUCUGGUUAGGUGAUAAAGGGAUGGAGAUAAAGAAGCAGAUAACAGGCAUGAUGCACUUGCUGAGUGACAAGACAGGACGAGUGUACCAGCGCGUUGGACGAGAGGGUGAGACCCUCAAACAGGAGCCUCAGGAGGAGGCGCUCAGCCUGCCUGUGGCUCAGAGCCUGGCCCCUGAACAUCUCCAGUAUGGCUGGAGCUCAGUCCUGAUGACUCACGGGCAGUACGGCACCCGCUCCAAAACCCAGAGAAUGCUCAACCACUCGAAAGCUAAUGACAUGGCCUUGCCCCCUGUGCCUGCUGCCAUGGCAACUGAGCCCAGCUGCUGUAUGUGCAACUGCAAGAGCACCCUGCAGGCCAUUCUGCUGGAGUUACGUACCAUGAGGAAACUAAUCCAAACUCAGAGAGGAUCCCAGGGCAAACAGGGCUCCCAGGUCUCGCUCUCAUCCCGAACCUCCAUCUCCAAAAAGAGGAGACCGGGUCACAGAGUGACAAUUCUGGCCACGCCCACUAAAAGAACCACACCCCUGUCGCCACGCGCUGAGGCUGAUGCUGUUAUUGAGUGUAAUCAGUCAAGAGAGGACACGCCCCCAACAAUGGCAACAUUUAUCCCAGAUCCCAUUCCCAGUUCCAAGACCCCUCCCUCUCUCUACAGCGUCACCAGAGGCCAAAGCACCACAGAGCCGGAGGUGCAGUUGGCCGAGGAUUAUGACGUAUUUAUUCCUAAAGCACAGUUGGACUCUAUCGUACUGAACUACACUCGCUCUGGCAGCCUGCUCUUCAGGAAACUGGUGUGUGCGUUCUUCGAUGAUACCACACUGGCAAACUCACUGCCCAAUGGCAAGAGGAAGAGAGGACUGAACGACACCAGGAAAGGACUCGAUCAAAACAUAGUCGGAGCCAUUAAAGUGUUCACAGAAAAGUAUUGCACAGCCAAUGGAAUUGAGAAGCUUCCUGGCCCCAGAGACUGGGUCCAGAUUCUGCAAGACCAGAUUAAACUUGCCCGUCGACGCUUAAAAAGAGCAGAGACAACCUCAGACAGUAGUGAUAUUCAGCACAAAACAGAGAAAUGUCAGCAGACUGUUGAUAAAGUGGAAACUGUGACACAAAAUGGUGCUGCUUAUGAGAGAACAGAAUGUCUAGUUGCUAUGGACACUGCCUGAGAAGAGAUUGUUUUCAACAAAAUGCAACCUCCGACCCCUGCAAAGGAGUCAUUUUAAUAGUUUUGUCCGUCUAGCAUGUAUGGAGAGACUCUAUGGAGAGAGGAAAUGGCAACAUUUUGCUGAUCAGUUGGCGCUCCCAACCACUAGACACACUUUUAUAACACAAGUACUCUCAUUUGAUCAUUUUAAAGUGGGUUGUCCCAGAUGUCACUAGUUGUCUUCUGUGAAUAUAUGGAAGUGUUUGUAGUUUUUCAGCUUCAUUCAAAUGCUUCACCAACAAAUAUCAGCAGAACUGCUGAGAAAACAUGACUGUGCCUUUAAUUCACUCUGCCAUGCCAAGCAACAAACUGAUGUCAUUUCACAACUGUGCUGUUUAUUGACACUUUCUGGCGAAAUAUGUGGCAUUUUCUAUAUUAAUAGUACUUAAAGGCACCAUAUGUAAUUUUAGCCACUAGAGGGCACGU